GAUUGUAAUUUUCUUUCUUCCUGUUUUUUAGUCAACUAAGAUGAUGAACUUCUUUUGUAUAAUCCUGUGACUGUGACUGAGGAUACUCUCUAAUUUACCUUAGCACCAUAUAGCAAGAGGACAUCUUUAACUUACAAUGCCUCACGGUUAUACGUUGGCUCUUCAAAGACAUUCACAUCAUCAGAGAAAUCCCUGAGCCCUUUGCAGUGGUGUAGACACGUCCUAGAUAACCCGACUCCAGAGAUGGAUGCAGCAAGGCGUUCCCUGUGCUUUAGACUGGAGCAAGCUAGCCGAUGGCGGAGUCUCUUCUCUUCAAAUGUCUCCCUGGCUCUUCCUUAUAGUCCUGUCGCCAGACUCAGCCCUUAUAGCAAUGGCAUUAAUACUCCCAGCUUCUCUAAAACCUCAAAUAAAGCAAUACUAACACCUGAAAGAACAGGCUACGCCUCCCGGGGCUCCCCUCUCAGUCCCCAGUCAUCCAUAGACAGUGAGCUGAGCACGUCAGAACUGGAAGAUGACUCUAUCUCCAUGGGAUAUAAGUUGCAGGAUCUCACUGAUGUCCAGAUCAUGGCUCGUCUCCAAGAGGAAAGUCUCAGGCAAGAUUACGCAUCCACUUCAGCAUCUGUGUCCAGACAUAGUUCCAGUGUGUCAUUGAGUUCAGGAAAAAAAGGGACCUGUAGUGAUCAGGAAUACGAUCGAUUCAGUCUGGAGGACGAGGAGGAAUUUGAUCAUCUGCCACCACCUCAGCCUCGUCUUCCACGGUGUUCACCUUUCCAAAGAGGAAUUCCCCACUCACAGACUUUCUCCAGCAUCCGGGAGUGUAGGAGGAGCCCCAGUUCCCAGUAUCUCCCUUCGAAUAAUUACCAGCAGCAACAGUAUUAUUCACCUCAAGCCCAUACUCCAGAUCAGCAACCAAAUAGGACCAAUGGAGACAAGCUCCGAAGAAGUAUGCCUAAUCUAGCUCGGAUGCCCAGUACAACUGCUGUUGGUAGCAGUGCAAGUUCUCCGGUCACCGUGAGAAGCAGUCAGAGUUUCGACUCAAGCUUGCAUGGAGCUGGGAACGGGAUUUCAAGAAUACAGUCUUGUAUUCCAUCCCCAGGACAGCUGCAGCACAGAAUCCACAGUGUGGGACAUUUCCCAGUGUCCGUCCGACAGCCUCUGAAAGCCACAGCCUACGUGAGCCCCACCGUUCAAGGCAGCAGCAGCAUGCCUUUGUCCAACGGCCUGCAGUUGUACUCCAGCUCGGGGAUCCCCACGCCAAACAAAGUCGCGGCUCCCGGCGCGCUGGGCCGCAGCGCCCUUCCCAGACCGUCCCUGGCAAUAAACGGGAGUAACCUGCCUCGAAGCAAAAUUGCACAGCCCGUCAGAAGUUUCCUUCAGCCUCCAAAGCCCCUGUCUUCACUCAGCACGCUGAGGGAUGGAAACUGGAGAGACGGAUGCUACUGAUGCGGCCUCACGCACCCCGGAAGAAUGGGGAAGACGUGGAAAUGAGGGUUGAGUUACCUAGCUGGCUAGGUAACUGUGAACGUCGGGAUAUUCUUUCCCUUUUGCAUUUUAACGUAUUUACCACAUUGUUUUUCAAUGGACCAAGCGCCAGAGACUAAUUAUUGCACUUAAAUGUCUGCCUGAGAUAAUACUGCAGCGUUCAAGUUCACGGUUGCAGUAUUGUGACACUUAGAUCUAGGAAGUUUUUGUAGAACUGCUCUGUACCUGAAUACUUUUUGAGAGAAUUGAAGAUGUAUCAAUAAUGCUUUCUUUGCCAUGAGUUUUUAAAAGUAACUUGUUCAAUUUACUUACAUGUUCUAAACAUCUUCCCAUUACACGUUCUGUAUUUUAAUACAUUGCAUAUUUACAACUAGGUUCUAUAAUUUAUGCUUUGAAAUUUACUUUUUUAUAGUUUACAGGAAUUUUAUUUUUUGUGCCUAUUUCUUUCUACACUUAUGUGAACCACUAUGGAACAACUUAAAUUUUGUGCCAUAAAAGUAUUUUUGUGGUAAGGUACUAUUUUUUUAGCUCUAGGGAUAUAUCAGCAAAAAUCCACCAUACAAUUUGAAAGACCUAAUUUAUGUUGAAUAGCACAACGUAAGCUGAAGCAUUGCAAGGAGAUAGCCAGACAGCAGCUGGACGGUCUUGUCUUUUUCAUUGUUAAUUUAUUGUCCUACCUGGGUUUCAGAUUUGCGAAGGCAUCGCAGGCUCAUUGCGCCUAAUAACUGCAAUGUUUGCUACUGCACCACAAUUGAUUUUCAAUACUUUAUUACAGAGGAUGAGAAACUGUAAUGUUUUAUUAACAAUCCUUCUGGAAAUGAAUGCAUUUUAAAGCAAAUAAAUCUUUUUGAUAGACCUUUUACAAAACCCAUUUGCACUAACGAAUGCUUUCUUAUGGUAUAGGACUUAAUAUUUGUUACUGUGUACACUGCUCUUUUGGAAUGUUCUGAAAUAAAGACUAUUUCAGCAAUA